AUCAAAAUGGACGCCUUUGUGUCUGUUUUCCUCGUAUUCACACUAUAAAUAUCGAGAUCUGUCCCUGUGAACGAGAUUAGCAAAUGGCGCACUCUGUGUUUACACGUAUAGUGAAAAAAAAAUAUGAGAUACGUUGAGUAAGAGAGGUUGCGAGGCGUCGUUGCGUUUUCGUCGAAUGAUAAAAGCGUAGUGGGUGAUUAUUAAACGCUUUCAAAACCAAGUAGGCCACAGCAGCCACGGAUUGACAAUUGAGUUGGAUAUCGGUGACCCGAGAGAGAGAAAGAGAGGGAGGGAGCAAGAGCGAUUGAGUGAGUGAGAGAGAGCGACACGGAAAAACUUUUUUCGUGCUCUUUUUACUUCUUUUCCCCCCUUGACGAAAACAAAAAGCCUCUCUCGUAUUUCGAACGUCGGAGAAGGGAUUCGUCUACGAUAUUGAGGACUUGACAAUUUCAUUGUACGCGAAUUCUACACUAUUUACUCCCGCCAAAAUUGCACCCGCACCCCUGCAUUCCACGGAAUAAAAACACGAAAAACCUCAAAAAGAGGCCAAAAAGAAGGAUAAAACACCGAUCUACCGUUCACGAGCUAAGACUCUGCUAGAAAAUUUGAAUUGGAAAUCCAAAAAAAAAAACCAGAAUCGCAACUUUUGUAGAAAAAUUCCAUUUCAUUUUGGACCAUGCACAAAUAGGUGACAAUUGGAGUCUUCAACAAGUUACAUGCGAUAGUUUGAAGUUCUAAUGGCUCUAUGUUUUUAUCGAAAUAUCAAUUUUUGAAGCAACUUCCAAUAUGCGCUGCAGAGAGCAAUUGGUGAAAGAGACUCGUUGAGACAAAAUCAUGGAUCGACUAUUACAGGAUCCGAGAGCAUCGUCAAAAUUUGGCUGAGAGAACUACAAGCAACAUGGGAACCUGAAAAAGACUUUGUCGAUUAGACAGAAAGAGCUCGGAUCGUUAGUGUUAAGAUCAUAGUGUGUUUUGAAAGGACAGAAUCGGUGUGCGGUCGAAAAGAGCGAGGGGUCAGUGUUCGAUUGACUAUUGGCAAACGAGUUUUUCAGGAAGAGGGAAUCGGUAGAUGAAGGAAGGGUCGAGAGUGUGCGUAGUCGGUUGAUCUGUGAGGAAGAGACGAGAGAAGGGAGAAAAUGCUUAAUUUUCAUAGCGCGGAGGGAACAUUGGUGAUCGUAAAGUGUUAUGCUUUGGCAAAGGAUCACCGAGUGUUCUGAGAAAUAAAUAAAUUUCUCUCGUCGUUUGAUCGCCAAGAGGGAAAGAAGGUUCGAGAGUCUGUGCGAAUAAAUUAGAGAAUCAAAGAUCUCGCAACGGAAAAAAAACUUGAUGUCCGGGCUGUAAUGCCAGAACAAAUAAAGUUCAAAAUGAACGGCGUAAUACCGAGUGUACCGAUAACAACCCUGGCGGGUAUAGCUAGUCUGACGGAUUUGUUGCCGGAGAUGCCGUUACCGACGCCCCUGCCACAGACGUUGACGAACAAAUCGUUGCUCUUUCAUCCUCGUGUAGCGGAAGAGGCGCAGAUAUUAUUGAGCGUCAGGGACGAGAAUUUGGUGCCUCAACUGAUAACUUCGUUAUCGCAAACGUCCUCGGAUCAUAUAGAGCUGAAGGAUCAUUACGCGAACGUCGAUCAGCCGCUGGAGAGUGAGCAGAAUACGCCGGAGUUGUUGAAGGCGAUAUUGCAAAUAAAUCCGGAUGUGUUUAAAGGUCCGCAGUACAGUUCGCCGAGAAAUUGGUCGUCGCAGCAGGGUGGUACGCCAUUGAUACACGCGAAUCAAUCGCCCGCGAAUUACGGCCGUUUUUCACCCUCGUAUUCGAGUUCGUCCGGUUCGAGGCAAACGCCGCAGGGAUCCCCGGCGCAUCCGGCUGCGGCAAGGACCGUUUUACCGCCGCCUUCCUCCCAGCAAAGUGGAAUAUCGCACCCGCAACAUCUGAGGAUGCCGGUUACGCCGCAAAAUCACGCCGAUUUGUCGCAGAUGUCGCCCUUCGCUGUGCCUUCGCCGUCCCCCCGAGCGACAGUUAUUACCGAACAGACGAGAACCUCGACGACCCCCCAGCACAUGCAAGACGAUGUUAAUUGCAUAAGCCAAACGUUGACGGGCAUGAAUACACAAACGAACAUGUAUUCACCGGCCCACAUGGGAUCGCCGAGCACGCCGGUCAUGCCGAUCGGAAACGUGACGCCCCAACAUCACGGUAUCGCGGCUACGAUAACACCACAGCAGACGAUGCUCGUUACAUCGCCCAUGCACAGUGGAAUGUCGAUUCAACAAUCUCCGAUGCAACAAAAUCCGCCUAUUCAACAGCAUCAUCAACAACCACAGCAAAUCCAGCAUCACCAUCAUCAGCAGCAACAGCAACAGCAACAACCCCAGCAGCAGCAGCAGCAGCAGCAGCAACAACACCUUCUUCAACAACAUCAGAGCCAACCGAGCAUCAAUCAAAUUCAGCCGAAUAUUUACGAGCCUAUGAUGAAUCAGCAGCUCCAUCAUCCUCUGGUUAACAACGACCAAUCCAUGGAAAUCGAUAACGUCGUAGCUCACAAUCAACAAUUUCUUCUCGAUCCUAGCGGCGGUCUAUCGGAAAUUGAUUUGCCAAUCGUCGACAUGGCCGCGAAGCAAAUGCCGAUGCCGAUGGUUCCGGGUAACCUGAUGAACCCGGUAAUUCAGCAACAGCCGCCCUUGUCCGCUUACGGGAAUUUAAGUGCCGAAGAUAUGCUCGGCAACAUGGGAGCUGGAGCGAUGCCGAUCGACGCGAUGAACCAGCACUAUCAGCACCAGCAGCAACAACAGCAACAACAGCAACAGCAGAACAACAAUGCAGCGAGAGAGAUUAAAUUGUCCUCGAUAGGACCGCAAAACGAAUCGAAAUUAAAGGAACCGGUUGUGAUGCUGAAAAGGCUUUCGUUGGCCGAUCAGGCUUUAAUGCAAAAGUCGCUGAGCGCAUUCGCCGAGAAGUCACCGACCCGGGCGGCGAAAAUGGGCCUCAUGAAUACCUCGAAGAGUGAUUCGGAGAGCGACGAAGAAGUCGGAGAAAACAACAAAUAUUUCAAGGCACGAGCGAAGGAACGACAAGUGCAACGGGAAAAAGAUCGAGCCGAGAGGAAAAACAAAAACGAGGAGAAAACGAGACGGAGACGGAGGAUGAUCGAUGACGAGGACGACGAGGAUGACCAGACGAACGACGAAGGCAAAAAAGAAAGCUCCCUCUCGCCCGUUAAACCGAAGAUACGAAAAAUUGAGAAAAAACUGGUGCCCGUACUGGCCAAAUUGAGCGUCGACGAACUCAUGGAGACCAAUACCUAUCAGCGUUUCAACACGACGAUCGAAACGAUAUUCGACAACACCGAGGACGCUGGCAACUUCGGAGAGAUCGACGAAGACGGUGACGUACCAGCUGAAAUGUUGAUACCGAAGUAUCAACUCCAAGAUUUGUGCACCGAAGCCGCGAAAUUGAAGGCGCUCGGUGCCAUGGAGUCCAUACCCUCCGAUCGCUUGGUCAGGCUGCUGAAUAUACUCGAAAAAAAUAUACGAGACGGCGCUCGGGUCUCACCGCUGGCCGAUCCCGACGACGACGUCGACGAGAGUCGUUUGUGGAUGCAGUUGGCGAUGGAACGCGUCCAGAGGGCGGUCGACGCUUCUCUAAUCGCUCUCAACAUAAUGACCUCGCAAAACAUGCCGAAAACCGUUUACCUCGAGGACGUUAUCGAUCGCGUUGUCCUCUUCAUGAAGUUUCAAUUACAAAACACAAUUUAUCCAUCCUUCGAUCCCGUUUAUCGAAUAGACUCGAAGAAUAAGACUGAAAAUUAUAAUUCUAGCGGUCGUAAGAAAAGGGGACACAUGAAGGAGGUCAGGGAAAAGAGCAUACUCCAAGUUUACAACAAAAUGCGAGAGCUCGUGGCUCUUCUCGCGGAAUUGUUGAACAUUCAGGUACUGACGGACACGAUUGUGCUUCACGCCUCGACCCUCGGAGUCGCGCCUUUCUUCGUCGAAGGCGUAAGCGACUUGCAGCUGAGCGCCCUCAAACUGGUCACCGUUAUUUUCACCAAGUACGAGAAACACCGACGGUUAUUGCUCGAUGAUAUUCUCACCUCGAUAGCUCGAUUGCCCAGCAGUAAGCGGAGCUUGCGAACUUACAGGCUCAGCUCGGAAGACCACAUACAAAUGUUGACCGCGCUCGUGCUACAAUUGAUACAGUGCGUCGUAACUCUGCCCGAAAAUAUCGGAAGGAACGACAAAACCUCGCGGAGCGCGACCGGCGACGAGGAUAAAAAACCAGAGGACAAAAAAUCCAUGGCGAUGGACGGCGACGUUUUUAUAAUCAACAAAUACGAAACAGCGACGAGAAUAGCCGCUAAUUUUUUGAACGUUUUUCUCAGCAAAUGCGGGAGCAAAGGCGAAGACAUCGAUUAUCGACCGCUCUUCGAGAACUUUGUUCAAGAUUUACUCGCCACGGUGAACAAACCCGAGUGGCCGGCGGCCGAGUUGCUCCUCAGUCUUCUCGGGACGUUGCUCGUCGGACACUUUUCGAACAAGAGCUCGGACAUGUCCCUCCGAGUGGCCUCGAUAGAUUACCUCGGAGUCGUAGCGGCCAGGCUGCGCAAAGACGCUGUCAAUUCCCAAUGCAAGCUCUCGACGAUCGAUCAAAUAAUUCGUGACAUAAAAGCCGAGCAGCAGAAGGAUACGGACUACGAGCAUCUCAAAGAUCCGGAGAUCUCGGGAUUGAGCGAGGACGAGGAAAGGACGAUGUUUCUCCAACGCGUCUUGCUCGAUUACCUCGCCGUUAACGGGACGAAAGACACGGCUCUCGGCUACGCGAGACACUUUUAUCUGGCUCAAUGGUACAGAGAUUGCGCCGUAGAAAAAACGAGAGUCGGACAAGCGAAAAUAGCGACAACGCCUUCGAAAAAGCAGCACAAAAAACGGCCGGUGAAAAAGAAAAAUAGUCGGCACAUGGAGAGCGAUCAGGAGAGCGAGAGCGACGUCGAAGAAAUCGAUCCGGAUGAAAACGACAAUAACGAGCAAAAGAAUUCCGAGGCCUAUCGGAUCAUCGAGGAAAAGAAGAAAUUCAUUUUGAAGCGCAUACGUCCAUCGAGUUCAGCGACGAAACCCGACGUUUUGCAAACUUACAUAGACUAUAAUUCGGCCGAAUUGAUUUCACAAUAUUUAGCCUCGACCCGGCCGUUCUCUCAGAGCUUCGACAAAUAUCUCAAACAGAUAUUACACGUGUUGACGGAAUCGUCGAUAGCGAUACGAACGAAAGCGAUGAAGUGUCUGACGAUGAUAGUCGAGGCGGAUUCCAGCGUUUUGGCUCGUUUCGAUAUGCAGAUGGGAGUGAAACACUCGUUUCUCGAUCAUUCGACCUCGGUCCGCGAAGCGGCGGUCGAUCUCGUCGGUAAAUUCGUCCUCAGUCGGCCCGAGCUAAUUGACAAGUAUUACGACAUGCUCUCAGCGAGAAUAUUGGACACGGGUGUGAGCGUGAGGAAACGAGUUAUUAAAAUACUCAAAGACAUUUGCAUGGAGUGUCCGGACUUUCCGAAGAUUCCUGAGAUAUGCGUGAAGAUGAUAAGACGCGUUAACGACGAGGAGGGUAUAAGGAAACUGGUGAUGGAAGUUUUUCAAAACAUGUGGUUCACCCCGGUGAGAGAACGUCCGAGCAUCGACUCGAGCGCGUUGUUACGAAAAGUAAUGAACAUCACGGACGUCGUCGCGGCUAGUAAAGACAUGGGACUCGAGUGGUUCGAACAGCUGCUGGUUAGUCUGUUCAAGCCGAAAGAGGACAAGGACGACAGCACAAAGAUGCUCACCGAGCCACCGAAAGCGCUCUUAACCGCUUGCAAGCAAAUAGUCGAUUGUUUGAUCGAGAACGUUUUGCGUCUGGACGAGACGAAUUUGGAGGACGAGGGAAAGUCAGAGAAAAAGGGAUCCUCCCAGAGGCUCGUUGCCUGUCUAACGACCCUUCACUUAUUCGCCAAAAUAAGGCCGCAGCUAUUGGUAAAUCACGCAAUAACGUUGCAGCCUUAUCUCAGCUUGAAGUGUCAAACUCAGGGGGAUUAUCAGAUAAUAAGCAGCGUCGCCCACACCCUCGAGCUCGUCGUACCGCUGAUGGAACAUCCGAGCGAGACUUUCCUCGCCCAGCUAGAAGAGGACUCGAUAAAACUGAUCCUCCAGCACGAUCGUUCGGUCGUCGCCUCUUGUCUCUCCUGUCUCGGCUCGAUCGUCAACAACGUAACGAGGAAUUUCAAACUCAUACGCGAUUGUUUCAACAAAUACAACGGGCAUUUGGACAAGUACAAAUCCCUCUACGAGAACGAUCCGACGAAUCCAAACUUGACGAAAUAUCGACCCUUCUUCAGAAGAGCCCUUUUCACCGUUGGCCUUUUAUUGCGACACUUCAACUUCACCGAUCCCGAAGUUAUCGAGGGAUUGGAUCCGAACAUCAAGGACAAAGUGUUCGAGACUCUGAGCUACUUCUUGAAUCAGGACAACGAUGACAUUCGACAGUACACGCUCUCGGCCAUCGGCUCGUUGUGCAUCAGGCAUUACGAGUUCAUGAUGCAGCCCGAGCUCAAGGAACUUUAUCAUUAUCUUCUUACCUCGGACCACGCUUUGGUGCACAUGAGAAUACAAGUGCUCAAUAAUAUUGAAAUAUAUUUGCAGGAAGAGGAGAAAAGGAUGAUAAAGCAGGAUCUCGAGUGGGCGAAACUCUCGAAGCAGGAGAAUCUCAAGGAGAUGGGUGACGUUUCAUCCGGAAUGGCGAGCACGGUUAUUCAAUUGUAUCUCAAGGAGAUUCUCGAAUCUUUCAUCCACAGUACGGUCGCGGUACGCCACGCCGCCCUCAAAGUAAUCCAGCUCAUUCUGGCGCAGGGUCUCGUCCACCCGGUUCAAAUCGUACCCUAUCUCGUGUGCAUGAGCACCGACUGUGAGAAAAUAGUGAGUCACAGCGCGGACAAACAGCUCCAGGACAUCGAGAAGAAAUAUCCUGGUUUCAUACACAUGAAAUCCCAGUUCGGCAUCAAACUUUCUUACCGUUUGCAAAAGAUAUUGCAGCACGAGGUCGCGGUAAGGGGUAUGAGGAUCAAAGAGGGCGAAUUUCCUGGCGCUCUCAAUGGUUUUCUCUACACGAUAUUGCGCAACACGAAACAACAGAGGCGAGCUAUUGUUCUCUCGUUUUUGAAGCAGUUCGACGAAUCGGCCAAAACGAGCCUGUCCCAGAUGCUCUAUCUCGCCGACAACCUCGCCUACUUCACAUAUCAGGUUCAGGACGAGCCUCUCUUUAUAAUUCAUCACAUUGAUAUUAUAAUAUCGGUUUCGGGGACGAAUCUUUUGCAGUCUUUCAAGGAAGCUCUCUUACCGAAGGAGGGUUCAGGGCCGGUAACAAACGCCGAUAAUCAGCAUACGAGCAACAUGAUUAUCGAUCAACCGCCUGUCGAGAACCAAACGAAUAAUCCGAUCGCGGUGCCCCAGCUCUACGCUCCCGACGGCCAGUCCCGUCCCAUUCCACUUUCGAGCCUCGACGACGAGGAGGACGACGAGGAAGACGACGAGACGAUACUGGCGAGGUUACCUUCGAGCACGACCCUACUCAGACAAUAUUUGACAGCGAGCCAGGGCUUCAUGCUUUUACUAACGUUGCGACAACACCUGAAGGAUCUGUACGGUUUUUCGGACGCUAAGAUAAGCCAAUAUUCUCCCUCGGAAGCAGCCAAAGUUUACGAGAAAGCGGUAAACCGUAAGAACAAUCUUCUCUUCAAGCCAAAAGCAACUUUGCAAAAACUCCACGAGGACAUCGACAUCGGGCUCGAGCUCGACGACGUCGGCAGGAGAAAACUCGUCAAAGAUUAUCUCGACUUCAAACAACUCAUGCUCAAAUUCGAUCCCGAAGAACCGGACGAAGACGCCGUCGCAGCAGCCGCGGCCGCUACCGCCGCCGCGACUGCUGCACCGUCCGACCCCGAUCUCAACAAACAAACGACGAGCGAUCUCAACCCGAGGAUACCGAAUCCCGAGAUCGUUAAAUUACCCGAUAACAACAUGGUCAGCCCUCAACAGUAUCCUCAAUCACACAACGUCAAUUCCUCGAUCGAACAUCCCAAUCAUUCUGUCAAUAUGCUCUCAACCAACAUUACCAGUCCCUCGAAUCCUGUAAUGCAAAUGACGAGUACGAUGCCCGGCACUCCGAGAGUACCGAAAUUAACGAUACACACCAAUCCGGAUAGCCAUCGGAAACACCGCUCGACUCACAAAACGGAAAAAACGAAGAAACACAAGAAGAAGAAGAGAAGAAGAAUAUCCGACAGUAGUGAUAGCGGCGACGACUGCAGUGACCCUGAUUUCAUGGUGUAAGUGCUUCUGCCGCUCAUCAAACACACACACACACGCCCCCGUGUAAAUAUAAGCAUACGAGUGAGGUUAGGAGUGAUUUUUUUUUCUAAAAAAUAGAGAGUAGAUGGGAAAAGCGAGUGCAAGUGAAAGUGAAGAAAAAAAACAGCGAUUCGUUUGUCAGUGUCGAUCCCAGUGCGGGGCGCUUUGGACCCGAAAUAUAGAGACGCGACGAGUGUACAGAUUACUACGAAAAAUUGGUGUGACACGAAGCAUCGAUAAUCGCGCCCGAGAGUCGAACGAAAGAACUUUGCGAAUACCGAUUUAUCGCGUUACCAUUUUUUUUUUUCUAUUUUCUUCUUUCCAGCGCAGAGGCAAUAGCUGCCAGAUAAGUGUGCUCGGAUAGAGAGGGUUUGGGAGAGCUUACAAACGAAUAAAAAAACAGUAGAACGAAGAAGAAACGAAUACUAUUUGUAAGUUCGUAUAUUCGAAGGGAGACGUGGUUCGAUUAAUCUUAUUCUAUAAAACAAAUAUGAAUAAAGAAUUCAUCGGUUUAUAGAAAUUCCACUCGGCUGGAGAAGGAACUUGGUUUACCCAUGACUUUUUUAUCUAAUUUUUUUUUUUUUUUUUCAAUAUAUACACACAUUUUUUAAUAUCUUGAUAGUACUUUAUUUAUAAAAGAAGUUUAAAAAAAUUUUCCUUAAAUUAUCGAUUCAGCGGCUCUAACGUUCACUUUUGCUUCGAUCAAUCGAUUAUUCGGACUCUGUUUUCUUGUUUAUUGUAGAAAGGUACUUUGUCGCAUUGAAAAACCAAGUUCCCGCGACACUCGAGAGGCCAAGUACAACUGCGCGCAGCAUCAUACGUGCUCGUGCUCAAAAAAUAUUUUCAACUGUGAGAAAAGUACGAGAAAAUAUAAAUAAACGAAGAAAUGCGAAACAAAAUUUUAAAAAUUGAGAGAAACAACACGCCAAGUGUGAAAAUGACAACAAAAUAUGACAUAAAUCAUCUGUAAAUAAUAUUACUCGAUAGUAACAUUUCUACAAUGUUUAUGUUCAAGUUUUUUGUCCUUUUUUUGGUUCUUCUCCAAAGAUCAUCAUCUCGCCGUGAAAUACGAUAAGGAGAUAAUAUAAAAAAUCAUACACACACACACACACACACGGACACACAAAGCUUUUUGUAGCUUGUAGAAAGAAAGGAAAAUAAUAAUCCAGCAAAAAAUAAGGAAACGUUUGCAGUUUUUGUUUCGACUGUGUUCAAAGAUUCGUGACAACAACCGGGGGCUCCGGAAGGAGACGACGAGACGCGAGAGGAACUAACGAGAAAUGAAUUUUAGUCUAUGUCGAAGUUCCCUUUUCGACAUUCUUGUAUAAAUGAAAUGUAACGAAAAAAAACAAACAAAGUACUCGUGGGUAGGACGAGACAAAAAAGAAACAAAGAAAAGUAGUUUGUAACAUGUGUACAUAUGAAAAGGAAUUAGAAACAAAAAAAUGAAAGGAGAUUAACAAAAUUUCAAGUACGUUAUUUUCUUACAAACUAUAGAGCGGUGACACUAUGAAAAAAAAAAAGAAAAUAUUACAAUUUUUAUUUUCGUCGGAUCAUGUAUUUAUCCAAAUUCUCUAAUGUCCCAAUAUAGUUUGACUCUUUGUUUUUUUUUUCUCUUAAACAAUUCUUUUUCCUUCACUUCCAAAUCAUGAUCUUUUUCGUGUGUUCAAUACACGAAAAAAAUUAUUAUUUGCCUGAAAAAAAAUGUGUGUGUGCCCUGUACGUGAAUGCGCAAAAGACUUUUCGUUUGUUUUCCUAUUUUUGGUAGAAUCAUUAUCGCUGAAGUAAACGUUUUUGCCCAGACUAUUUCAACUCCGUGUAACUCUCAGUCCGAACCAGUCCGAGCAACUUACCAAACCAACGAGCCGCGAGUAUGAGUUGUCGCUUUUGGAAUAAAGAAAAAAAAAUAAAAAAAUUAAUGUCUCUGGAAAUGUGAGAAAAUUAUUUCUGGCUUUAUUCGCAAUUCAAUUAUUCGUAAUCCUGGCUUUAAAAAUUUGUGUACGCGCCUUCAUGCAUAUGCAUAAAUUUUUUUGCUCCACGACGUAUCGUUGCGUCUCUUAAUUGGAGCAAUUGCGCUCGAGCGAAUACGAUUAAUUAACUGCAUAUUAAUUAUACGAGCUCAACGCGUGCCGACGCAUAAUUCACCCCUUAAAAAUCUCGCGAGAACAACUUCGAAGAAAAAAUCUCUUCCUCUCUUGAUUUCAACACAAACGCAUAGCAAACAAGUUAUUUCAAGAGCUCAGCGAAUACUUUGCACCGAUACUCAAAAACUCUGUAACUCUAAAAAUCUCUGAUGCAACGGAGACUAUAUACAAAUUCCCUGCUGCGUCAGAGAUUCCAAAAAAGCUUAACGAGCCAUUUCUAGUUAAUGAGAAUCUCCCGAAGCGAUGUUCACUUUGCGAAUUCCCAGAUUUUCAACUCUGCUCUCUCCCCCUCUCUGUCUCUCUCUCUCUCUCUCUCUUUCUCUCUCCUCUCGGUGAACAUUUUUCCUCCAACAGUUUAAAAUUGCCAGAGAAAAAUGAAAAUAUUUAUAUUAUAUUAAUCAGACAUUUGAUUGCAUGUUUGUUUUUCUUCGUUGGUAAUAUAUAAUUAUUCAAAUUCGUUUGUUUUCGUCGUAGACAACAAAUUUCGUUCCUUCGAUUGGGACAACAAUGUUAAAAAAAACAAGCAAAGUUCAAUUAAUUGAAGGAAAGGAGGGCUAAUAACAGCAACAACAAAAAACAAAAAUCUCAACAUCCUGCUCUGUGCUCACGAAGGGAUAAAAAAUGAGAAAUCUUUUGUAUAAAUUGUAACGUGUAAAUAUUUCAAAGCUGAGAGAAUAAGAGCUGAAACAAGCUAUUGAAAAAAUUGAGCAAAAAAAAAGAAAAACAAAAAUAGGAAAAAGUAAUUUCUUGACGCCGUAUAUCCGGAGUACGACGGUUCGAGAACCGAAUCGAAGGGGCGUGCGCGCAUCCCUCUUCAUUAUUUUUUCCUUUUUUUUUUCUCUCUUUACUUUACACAUUUUAAGGUUUAUUUGCAAUCGACUUAUAGGAGAUAUAUAUAUUAUACAUGUAUAUAUACAAAUAUAUAUACACAUAAUAUUGGAUAUAUAUAUGUAUAUUUACAUAUAUACAGUAAAUUCUAAAUAAAUAUAUUUCUACGUAUUAAUUGAUAAUAAAAAGUAAGAAGUUUAUUCGUAUAAAUAAUUUGGAUAAGAGGUGCUCUUGUAUCGUGGCUUCGUAGAAAACCACGAACGUUCUUUUUAACGGUGAUUCCUACGUGGCACGAUAAGAAAUAAAAAAAAAUAAAAAUAAAAAUAACAAAAAAAAACAAACAAACAAAAGUCGCACGCUUGUAUGAUAAAUAAACGAAGUAACGAGAAAUAAAACGAAAAAAAAUAAAUAAAAAUAAACACUACUGUAAUAGCGUAUGUUUUUUGUAUUUGAUAUAACGAGGGGGAAGAAAAAAAAUGAAAGAAAUAUCGGUUUGAGAGUUAUGAAAUAAUAAAAGAUAAACAACAACAACAACAACAACAACAAAGAUGGUCAGGUGGAUUAAUAGAAAGUAUAUUAUAUAUUUGAGUAAAGCUGUCAAGUGUUAAUGUUAUCCAUAACGCGAUUCAAUUUGUGUGUAGCCGUGUAACUAAAGCGAGAAAAGAAAAAAAAGCAAAGAAAUAAGAAUGUUUGUAAAGCUAGACAAGGAUGAAAGGGCCUUUUCUGGAUAAGACUUGACGCUCGUUUACUCAUAACUUAUUAUGUACAUCGUGGAAAGAUUUAAACAAAAAAUAAUAAUGAAAUAAGAAAGAAACACGGUACGUUCGUAAAGAAAAAUAAAUAUAAGUAUAUAUCAAUUGUAA